GCACUGUCUCCAAGAUGCUCACUAUUGUUGCGCCAAUCACCUCAGUGUCCAUAAGCACCAGUGGAACCCAGGCGAUAGAGGAACACUGACCUUCAACCCUGUCCAGUAUUCUUCCUAUGGAGAAUAUCAGUGUAUGGCCAGAAAUAGUGUGAGCAACAGAACUAGCAACCGCUACACACUCCUAGUGAAUUAUGGACCCAAGCAACCUGUGAUAGCUGGUGCACCCAUUGCCGAAACAGAACAAAGAGUGACCUUCAACUGCUCAGCCUCCUCUCAGCCUCUCAGCCAGUUCAGCUGGUUCUUCAAUGGCUCCCAGGUGGCAACUGGCUCAAAGUAUGAUACAGGCCCACUGACUUUAGCCAGUCAUGGGGAGUAUACCUGUGUGGCUUUCAACAACGCCACUGGCAGAAACAGCACUGUCUCCAAGAUGCUCACCGUCAUUGAGGCUAUAAAGUCGGUGAUGGUGAAACGAAACAAAACGCCGAUAUCAUCUGACAACCUAACCCUGACCUGUGACGUCACCGGGCGCUAUGACACCAUCUACUGGAUGAAGGACAACCUGUCUCUGGUCCUGAACAACACCUUGAACACUGACAUAACCAUAUCUAACAACUCUCUGCACUUCAGUCCAGUCAAGGUGUCUAACGAUGGAAACUAUCAGUGCGUCGCCACCAACCUCCUUCGCCCACACACCAGCCCUAAAUACCAGCUAUUGGUGAACUAUGGCCCUUUGAGUGUGAACGUCUCUGGCCCAGGCUUAGUGGUGAUUGGCUCAGUAAUCCCUGUCAGUCUGAAGUGCUCAGCCGACUCCCGGCCAACCAGCGAGUACCGGUGGAAAUACAACAACCAAGCAUUGUCCACGACUGGUCCUUUGAUGGCUGUAGGUGUCUCCUUGAAAAAUGCAGGGAUUUACACCUGUGUGGCCAAGAACUCUCUAACCAACAUCUCAAUGUCCAAGACCAUUAGUCUGGAUGUCACUGGCCACUCGCCUGCCCCUCCAUUCCAGUCCAGAGUUGGUCUGAUGUUGAUGGGCCUUGCAGCUCUCUCUCUGCCUCUGAUCAACCACUGAGACUACCACACUGCAUGUCUGCUGGCUGGGAGCCAAUCACUCCCUUCCCUCUACCCUCACUGACUCCCCUCGCUGAUCUGAAAAAAGAACUGGAUAGAAAUAAGUGGUAUUGUCAAUAUUGUAAUUGCCCAAUCGUACCAUCAUAGGACUGGGUUUAGUGUGCUUAUCUCUUUUCCAAUGCUUUUAGAUUGUGAGGAGAGAGUCAACAUGAGGUCAGAAGGGAGGGGCCUAUCCCCUUAGAAUAGAACCCACCUCAACAGUUUGUUUUUAUGUCAAUCAUCUCUAUAAACUGAUAUUCUUUUAAAAAACUGGUCUUCCGCAUGGUAAUUGAAGGCGCAAAGAUUCGCUGCUCAGUUGUGCUGCCUAUUUCUGAUUCUAAAUAAAAGUUCUUAGAUAUUCA